UAUUAACAAGUUCCACCCGUCCUCUCAACUCACAUAUAUCUAACGACACAUUUUCCUCCCCGCCUCAUCCAAAGCGUGUAAAACGGCAAUGUCUUAGUAUCAGCAAGGACCGUAUGACAGAUAUAGUUCAGAAAAGUGAAUGGGAGUAUCUGGUAUCAGUCACGGUGAAUACGAGUGGCAUCAGGAGGAACGGGAGGAGGUUUUCCUUGAAAUCUUUGUCACUAGCUGGGUCUUCACACCCGAGAGGUUACACGGGAUAAGCUAUUGGGUCGAUUAUCAAAGAGUGUGAAGAAGGACCUCCCCUCUCCCUAUACCCAUACCCCCACGCCCGUACAGCCUCCUCCUGCUCAGCCGCCUCCAGCCCAGCUUCCUCCUGCCCAGCCUCCUCUUGCCCAGCCCUCGCGAUGCCCUUCCUGAAGCUGGAUCUACACAACCACAUCCUGCCGGAGUCGUGGCCGAACUUGAAGGAGCGAUAUGGGUACGGAGGAUUCAUCCAACUCGAUCAUGAGUCCUGUGCCAUUCCCGGGAAAGCCAACAUGAUGAAGGACGGGCAGCUUUUCCGCGUGGUGGACGAUAACUGCUGGAGUCCCGAGGCGAGAAAAGACAUGGACGACACAGGAGUCACAGUGCAGGCCCUGUCCACCGUGCCCGUGAUGUUCUCGUACUGGGCCAAGCCUGAACACACACUGGAUCUGAGUAGGCUACUGAACGACGACCUCGCCAAGACCGUGCAGCAAAACCCACGUCGGUUCGUCGGCCUCGGAACCGUGCCCAUGCAGGCCCCCGAACUCGCCGUCGAGGAGCUAAAGAGACUCAAGGGUGACCUACGCUUCCCCGGCAUACAGAUCGGGUCGCACGUCAACGAGUGGAAUCUCGACGCCAAGGAACUCCAGCCGGUGUGGAAGACGUGCGAGGAUCUUGGUCUGUCAGUGUUCGUCCACCCUUGGGACAUGCAGAUGGGAGGACGGCAAUCGAAGUACUGGUUGCCGUGGCUCGUCGGGAUGCCAGCUGAGACCGCCACUGCCAUCUGCUGCAUGCUUAUGGGCAAUGUCUUGGAGCAGUUCCCACGUCUGAAGGUCUGCUUUGCCCACGGCGGCGGGUCGUUCCCCUACACCGUGGGUCGCAUCCAACACGGGUACGACGUCCGGCCCGACCUGUGUGCCACGGCGUGUGCCACGGCGCCGCGCUCCUUCCUCGGGAAAUUCUGGUGCGACAGCUUGGUUCACGACCCUGACGCUCUGAAGCUCGUGCUGCAGGUGAUAGGUGACCGACGCGUGAUUCUUGGUUCCGACUACCCCUUCCCAUUGGGCGAACACCAUCCGGGGAAGUUGAUCGAGAAUUCGGACAUUCCCGACUCCAUCAAGAAACAGCUGCUUUUCGACAACGCUCUGGAAUUCUUGAAUUUGGAAGCCUCUCAGUUCUCGUAAUGGAGGAAGGAGGAGGAGGAGGAAGAAGAGAAAGGGAAGAGGAGGAGGAGGAGGAGGAGGAGGAACAUGUAGAGGAGGAGGAGGAACAUGUAGAGGA